CAACGACCCUUUUUUUUCGUUUCCUUGUGUCUCUCGCUUCCUCCCACUUCUCCAGUUUUACAUUCCAAUCGCGCCUAUCUCUCUUUCCUUUGCUUCUGAACCCAAUCUACACUCCACAUCAAAUAUACCCUUCACAUUAUUCUUCUUACCUUUCUUUGCCUCUUCUCUUUCUCUCCGUUUUCUGUGUCCUAUUGUUCGAUCGUUAGUCCUGCGGGCACCGUUACUCUUUUCUACUCCGCUGACAGGUCAACUUCAGUCUCCAGUUUAUCACACACCUCCGAAAACCCUGUUGUCCUGUCUCACCAGUAUCGCAAACAAUCCGACCCUUUUUCAAUCAACCUCAUCCCCCCAAGCGGGAACUAAUACACACACACAUACACAUACACGCACGCCAAGAAGAAAGAUGCUGGCCGUAUUUCUCUACGCGAUCGCAUCGAUGCUCCUAUCCAUCAUGAUCAUCAACGCCAGCGAACCCGUCAUGGACUUCUCACACCUGCCCAAACCCACAGCGACUGUCUCCUCCUUUCCUCCAGCGCCUGCCCCAGCCGUCGCCUUAUCCCUCUCAUCCUCCUCUCCGGCGGAAACCGUCGUCAGUACUGAAUCCCUACCAAUAUGGCAGGACGGUUAUACGACGCUCUAUUCAGCGGACGUCUCCGCAGCUGGAUCCACACCAAAAAACUUCCUAGGAUUGAAUAUUAAGAAGCACACAUCGCCCUUGUCAACGUUCACAAUCUCGAAAUCCGUCGUCUUCUGGCCAUGGCGUCGAUCUGGUGCAGGAAGGAGUCGAAAGGAGAUGGGGAUGGGGACGCGGCGGUCUGUGACGACGGCGUCAUCCUCCUCCUCAAGGCCCGGUCAGGGUUGGUUCCUGCGCCAGGGGAAGCCGCAGCGGUCAAUGUAUUCGCCUCCCGCAGCCGCACCGGCUGCGGUAGGAUACUCGCCAGAGGAGUAUGAGGCACAUACGACUACUUUCAAUGAAUCAGCAUCAGGGUUCUGUGGCACUGAACGUUCAUCAUCAUCCUCCCAGGAACAGGAACAGGAACAUGAACGCCAGAUCCAUCUUGACAACUGGAAGGCGCACAUGCAGAUCAGCCUGCCCAACAAACCAUAGGAACAAAUCCAUUCCCUCAAUCCAAUCCAAUAAUAAUAAUAAUAAUAAUAAUAAAAGAAAAAGACAAAAUCCGCU